AUGGGUAACUCAGAAGCAAGGACAAUUGCACGGGCCAGACGGGGUAGCACUCGAUCAAACUAUAGGCAAGAUGAGUACUCGUAUGGAAAUGCAUCAUUGCAUCGCCGAGAUUCCCAACAGAGCAAUGCUAGUUUCGUAUCAGAUGUUGAAAUGGCACAUGAUGAGGUGUUUGCUGGUCCGAUGUCAGAGAGUAUUCCUUCGAGUGUUACGGGUUUUGCCCACCGGCGCCCAAGAACAGAUUCUGUUACAAGCUUUACUUAUUUCCAGGAAGACGACGAGUCUCCAGAGUGGUCAGAAGAUCAAGCCGUAGUAGACGAAGACGACAGUAUUUACGAUCACUUUAAAGUCUCGCAGUCAAGAUUUGACCAUGAUCUUGAAGUUGGGCGUACAUCUCCGCAGGGACGUAAAUCUUCUGCAUUCUCAAGAUCUUCUGUCGAGGACCCUUUACUUCUGCGUCGAGGCUCCACAAAAUCUGAGGGUAGCGACUUUCAUCAUUCAGGACGCCACAGCCAAAAGAUAUAUGUGAUCAGCGAAGACUUGACCAUCGCUAUAGCUGGGUUCGGUACUAGGCCGAUCGGAUUUGCGAUCUAUGUCCUUUUAUGUGUAGCCACACUUGGCUCGGGCUAUCUUGCAAUGAAAUGGCUUCCUAGCUGGAAAGUACGCUUAAUCGGCUUUUCAAACCCAUUGCGAAGCUGUGACUGGGUCGUGAUCGAGGUAGGACCGCCAGAUCGCCACUUUAGGUCGAGGAGCUCAGCUAAAGGCCAUCAGAAUCAAUGGGGUGAGAUGACUGUCCAAAAUAUAACCCGAACGUCCUAUGGUUACCCCCUCUCUACUGUUUUCGGCCCAUGUUAUUCAAAAGGUUCUUCAUCGGAUUACGAUGAGGAAGAAGAUCCUAUUCUGUCCGAGAUAUGCUUCCUCGACUAUCGCUUUGUGCGCUUGUGCUUUCAUCCGUUCAAAGAUAAAUUCAUACUGUGUAGCAGUUGGACCGAUCCUGCAUGGACCAGCGUAAAGACAAUGCGGAUAGGCCUAGACAUUGAAGAACGAAAUCGAAGGGAGUUGGUCUUUGACAAGAAUCUCAUCGACAUUCAGGAGAAACCCAUGAGCCAAUUGCUAGUAGACGAGGUUUGUCUUUGCCCCUUAACAGAUCAUUAUUUGCUGAGAGCAGCAGGGCGUCAAGUCUCGAGCGACGAGCUUGUACCAGGCGAUGUCUACGAGAUUUCAGAUCCCUCGUUGACCCAAUUUCCUUGCGAUAGCCUUUUACUUGCUGGAGAUUGCAUUGUCAAUGAGAGCAUGUUAACGGGGGAAUCCGUGCCGGUCGCCAAAAUUUCAGCAACAAAUGGCUCUCUCCACCUGCUCAAAGAUAGCGCUACUUCAAUGCAUCCGGAAUUGGCGAAACAUUUCCUUUUCAACGGCACCAAGGUGAUCAGAGCAAGGCGCCCUCAAGACGGGCAGGACGACGAAGCAAUUGCUUUAGCAAUUGUUAUCAGAACCGGCUUCAAUACUACGAAGGGCUCACUCGUAAGGUCAAUGCUGUUCCCUAAACCCUCAGGCUUCAAGUUUUAUCGUGAUGCGUUCAGGUACAUUUCUGUCAUGGCUUGCAUUGCAGCUCUUGGGUUCACGGCUUCCCUUGUAAAUUUCAUGAGGUUAAGACUAGCCUGGCACCUCAUAAUUGUCCGAGCGCUCGACUUAAUUACUAUCGUCGUGCCUCCAGCACUGCCAGCUACAUUGACCAUUGGGACAAACUUCGCUUUAUCUCGUCUUAAGCGAAAAGACAUCUUUUGCAUAAGUCCGCAAAGGGUGAACGUCGCCGGGAAACUAGACGUCAUUUGCUUUGACAAGACUGGAACCUUAACGGAAGACGGCCUUGACGUACUUGGGACUCGAGUGGUCAACAGUCCAGUCAUGCGUUUCAGUGACAUUUUCGAAGAUGCGCAGACUCUUCUACCUGGCGCGGAGUACGAAAGGGAUCCUACUGUUGAUUAUAGAGUACAUCAAGCGAUUCUAUACACAAUGGCUACAUGCCACUCACUGCGCUCUGUGGACGGGGAGCUCCUCGGCGAUCCUCUAGACUUAAAGAUGUUUCAAUUCACGGGCUGGUCUUUUGAAGAAAUGGUACAAAAGACAGCUUCAGAGGAUGGGGAAAAUUCAGGCUCUGCGUCCUCGAUUGCAAGGCCUCCCGUAGGCACUGACCCACGUCUAAGUAGCACCAAAUCCUCGGAGGAAGUACCAUUCGAGCUCGGUACGCUUAAGACAUUUGAAUUUGUAUCAAACCUACGCCGCGCAAGUGUCGUCGUGGGUCAGUCUGGUACCACAGGAGGUGAUGUAUAUGUCAAAGGUGCUCCCGAGUGUAUGAGAGAAAUCUGUAACAACAAAGGAGUCCCCAGCGACUUCGAGGACCUUCUGAGCUACUACACUCAAAGAGGCUAUCGUGUCAUCGCUUGUGCCUCGAAACAUAUCGAUUCCCUUGAUUGGCCGAAAGUCCAGAGGAUGACGAGAAGAGACGCUGAGUCAAAUUUGACAUUUCUCGGAUUCAUCGUCUUUGAGAACAAGCUUAAAGACGCUACGACGGAUACUAUCGAUGAACUUAACGACGCUAGAAUUCGUGGGAUCAUGUGUACUGGAGACAACAUUCUUACUGCCAUAAGCGUUGCUAGAGAGUGUAAGCUGAUCGAUCGAAGCGCACACUGCUUCAUCCCACACUUCUUCGAUGGAGAUUACAGAGAUCCAAAAGCUCGAUUGAAAUGGCAAAGUGUGGAAAAUACGCUGCUCGAGCUCGACGAGCACACCCUAUUGCCCAUACCUGCUUCUACAGAGAACGACACGGCAUAUUCUGCAGACCCCAUCAAUGCUGACAAUUAUACGCUUGCGAUUACCGGAGAUGUGUUCCGAUGGAUCAUUGAGUAUGCAAACGAGGAGAUAGUGAAAAGGAUGCUUGUACAAGGACAAAUUUUUGCAAGGAUGUCACCAGAUGAAAAACACGAGCUGGUUGAGAGACUUCAAAGUAUUGACUACUGUUGUGGGUUUUGCGGCGACGGUGCAAAUGACUGCGGAGCUUUGAAGGCUGCAGAUGUAGGCAUUUCAUUGUCAGAAGCUGAGGCAUCUGUCGCCGCUCCCUUUACUAGUAGGGUCUUCGAUAUUUCCUGUGUUCCAGAGACUAUCAGGUAG